AUGCGUUUCAUCAUCUCCAUAUUCGCGCUCUCUGCAGCUCUUGCAUCUGCUAUGGAGGUGGCUUCCGCACCUGCUACAGAUGCAUCUCCUGCACCUGUUGAACAGGUCUGCUCAGACUUCCUCAACCGCUGUACGCAAGAUGGGGAUCCAUGCUCGACCUUCUGUCAAAAUGCAGAGACAAAAGAGCUUAUUUCCAUAUAUGAGAAGUUUUGCCUCAAGGUCGGAGAAGAGUGGACUUGCAGUGGGGAACAGCCAAACCGCGGGACCUAG